GGCGCCCCGGCUCGAGCUUCCCUGCUUCGGUUUCGCAUCCUCGCAACGCGCCCCGCUCGCGAUGGCUGCGGAGUCGCGGACCGCUCGGAACGGCGCGUCUUACGUGCACCAGGACCUCGUCGAGUUCUGCGGGGAGGAGAUCGGGGCGGCCGCGUGGGCCGGGGAGGCACCUGACGAGGUCGGCUCCCGCGCCAUCGUCCCGUUCGCGGUCGACCUGGUGCCGGCGGGCGAGGGCCUCUUCCUGGACGGUGCCUUCAGGAUAGGGCCGCUGUAGUACGGGCACGUAUGCAUGGCCACGAUUGCGGCCUGGCAUGGGUGCCCCAUGCACCAGCGCCAACGCGGUCGCGAUUCCGAGCCGCCCGGCCUCCUCUUCCUGGCGUUCACGGGCGCGCGCCGGGAGGCCGCGCAGCUCGCGCGCGGGCCGCAGGCCCCCGCCAGUGCCGCGGAGGUGGCGCAGUGGAUGCAGCCCGCCUUCCGCGGCCCCGUCGGCGAGGACAUCCGCGCGCCCGGCCGGCACCAGUGGGAGUGUUUCGGCUCCCGCGGGGGCGCGCGGGGGCCGCCGGCCAGCUUCCGCACCACGGCGCUGCGCCAGACCGAGUGGGGCGCGCUGGCUGCGGCUGGAUGCCUUGCGCCGCGUGGCCUUACCUGCCGCGCGUCGGGGCGUAGGCAGACUUGGAGGCCCCUGGAGCGGGCCCGAGGGUCCACAAUCAGUGAUAAACGUCGGCUUUUCGGAGAUUGCCUCGUGCCUGCCGGCUCGUCUUGGAAGGAGG